AUGUGGAAAAAUUUUACUUUCAUCUUGUUUCUUUCGAUAAUAUCGAUAGCUUUACAGUCAGACUAUAAAGUAUUGACUUUAGAAAAAUGCUAUGGUGACAAUAAAAGUGUUAUUAUUGAAACUUGUAAUUUUGUUAAUGGAUAUUUGUUUAAUAAUAAGAUGAAGAUCAUCCAACCUAUAAAUUUUAUGAUGUUUAAAUUGAGCAUUUUCAAGAAAGACUCCAAUAAUGAAUUUCGAGAACUUUUUAAAAACAUUCCAACUUUAAAUUGGUGUAAAAUUAUGGACGGAACAUCAAAACUGACUUCCAACUUUCUUGUUAAAAUCAUUAUCUUGGUUGUCAAAGAAAAAUUUCCAGAAAUUUAUAAAAGAUGUCCAUUAGGUCCAGGAAUAGUCGACAAAGUCAAUACAACAAUUGACAGAAGAGUUGUUGUAAUGUUCCCGACUGGAAUUUAUCGCAUCAAUGUUGCAUGGAUCAACAAAGGAGGUGAUCUAAUGUUUAACUUUUUGGCUUUGUUGGAAAUAUUCAAUUAG